GCUGCCGGCAGGAGGAGAGCGACGUGGGGCAGCGGAAGAAGAGACACCAGACCUGCGUUGCCGGCGACCAUUCCUUCACUACUGGUGUCCUUUCACAGAUAGCCACCUGCAGAAAAAUUGUUCACUUACUGAAGAUUUUUCAUUCUUUCUACCCAAGGCUGAGGGUCUCCAAUAUGCGUCGGAUCUAACAUCUCCGGAGACAUCGAGGAAUACCAGACUCCCCUGGUGGAUGUGGACACCUAAACUGUGGACAUGGAAAAGAUAGUGAAUUUACCCGUUUCAGUUCUCCUGGUUUUAUGGGGAUGCGUGCAUGGAAGCUCACCCAGUGUUCAAAUUGGGGGACUCUUUCCAAGGGGCGCGGACCAAGAGUACAGCGCGUUUCGGAUAGGAAUGGUUCAGUUUGGCACCUCGGAAUUCAGAUUGACGCCCCACAUCGACAACCUGGAAGUGGCGAACAGUUUUGCUGUAACCAACUGCUUCUGUUCACAGUUCUCAAGAGGAGUGUACGCCAUUUUCGGAUUCUACGACAAAAAGUCUGUCAACACCAUCACGUCAUUUUGUGGGACGCUCCAUGUCUCCUUUAUUACGCCCAGCUUCCCUCUGGAUGGGAAUCAGCAGUUUAUCAUCCAGAUGAGACCUGAUAUCAAGGGGCCCCUCCUCAGCCUAAUCGAGUACUACAAGUGGGACAAGUUUGCCUACCUGUACGACAGUGAUCGAGGGCUUACGACGCUGCAGGUUGUUUUGGACACAGCAGCAGAGAGGAAGUGGCAAGUGACAGCCAUCAAUGUGGGAAACCUGAAAGACGAGAAGAAGGAUGAGGCCUACCGCUCUCUGUUCCAAGAUUUGGAGAACAAGAAAGAAAGGAGAGUGAUCCUGGACUGUGAACAGGACAAAGUGAAAGACAUCAUGGAGCAGGUCAUCACAAUUGGCAGACAUGUUAAAGGCUACCACUACAUUAUAGCCAAUCUGGGUUUCAUUGAUGGGGAUCUAUCGAAAAUCCAGUAUGGAGGUGCAAAUGUGUCAGGCUUUCAGAUAGUUGAUUUUGAAGAUCCUUUGGUGUCCAAGUUUGACCAGAGAUGGGAGGCCCUAGAAGAAAAGGAGUAUCCUGGCGCCGACAGUAAAAUAAGGUAUACAUCAGCAUUGACCUACGACGCCGUGCAGGUGAUGACGGAGGCCUUUCGCUACCUGCACAAACAGCAAAUUGAAUUCACCAGGAGGGCCAACAAUGGUGACUGCCUGGCCAAUCCUGCUGUUCCCUGGGCUCAAGGAGUUGAGAUCGAGCGAGCACUGAAACAGGUGCGUGUGGAAGGCCUGACAGGAAACAUCCAGUUUGAUCAACAUGGCAAGAGAGUCAACUACUCAGUGAACAUAAUGGAAUUAAAGACUAAUGGUCCUGUAAAGAUUGGAUACUGGAAUGAAGUUGACAGAAUGGCUGUCACUAAAUCUGAUGUCUUUGCAAAUGACACAACAGGAAUGGAAAACAAAACAGUUAUUGUCACCACCAUCUUGGAAGCUCCAUAUGUAAUGCUGAAAAAGAACGCUGACCUUUUUGUAGACAAUGAGCGCUACGAGGGUUACUGUGUAGAUCUAGCUGCGGAGAUAGCGAAGCACUGCGGCUUCAAAUAUCAACUGAAAAUAGUGUCAGAUGGGAAAUAUGGCGCCAGAGAUGCAGAGACCAAAAUCUGGAACGGGAUGGUUGGAGAGUUAGUUUAUGGGAAAGCAGACAUUGCAGUGGCUCCUCUGACCAUCACUCUGGUACGAGAAGAGGUGAUUGACUUCUCCAAACCCUUCAUGUCUCUGGGAAUCUCUAUCAUGAUAAAGAAGCCUCAGAAAUCCAAACCAGGAGUCUUUUCUUUCUUGGACCCGCUGGCCUACGAGAUCUGGAUGUGUAUUGUUUUUGCCUAUAUCGGUGUGAGCGUGGUGCUGUUCCUCGUCAGCCGCUUCAGCCCGUAUGAGUGGCACACUGAAGAGUAUGAGGACGGGCAGAUCCAGACCAAUGAGUCGACAAACGAGUUUGGCAUAUUCAACAGCCUGUGGUUCUCCCUCGGAGCGUUCAUGCGCCAAGGCUGUGACAUAUCACCUAGAUCUCUGUCUGGGCGCAUUGUUGGUGGAGUUUGGUGGUUCUUCACUUUAAUCAUCAUCUCCUCCUACACCGCUAACCUGGCUGCUUUCCUAACUGUUGAGAGGAUGGUCUCUCCCAUUGAAAGUGCAGAGGACCUUGCAAAACAGACCGAAAUAGCCUAUGGGACUCUGGACUCUGGCUCUACUAAAGAGUUUUUCAGGCGCUCAAAAAUUGCCCUCUUUGACAAAAUGUGGACAUACAUGCGCAGUGCGGAGCCCUCUGUGUUUGUGAAAACCACAGCUGAAGGGGUUCUGAGGGUCCGCAAGUCCAAGGGGAAGUAUGCCUACCUGCUGGAGUCCACCAUGAAUGAGUACAUCGAGCAGCGAAAACCCUGCGACACCAUGAAGGUGGGAGGCAACCUGGACUCCAAAGGCUACGGGAUCGCCACGCCGAAAGGAUCCUCAUUAAGAACGCCAGUAAACCUUGCGGUAUUGAAACUCAGUGAGCAAGGAGUCUUAGACAAGCUGAAAAACAAAUGGUGGUACGAUAAGGGUGAAUGUGGAGCCAAGGACUCUGGAAGUAAGGAGAAGACGAGCGCCCUCAGCCUGAGCAACGUGGCUGGGGUCUUCUACAUUCUGGUCGGAGGACUCGGUUUGGCCAUGCUGGUGGCCUUGAUUGAGUUCUGUUACAAGUCCCGAGCCGAGGCGAAACGAAUGAAGAUGACAUUUGGGGACGCCAUGAGGAACAAAGCAAGACUUUCCGUCACUGGGAGUACUGGGGAGAAUGGUCGGGUGAUGACUCCAGAGUUUCCUAAAGCUGUCCAUGCUGUCCCUUAUGUGAGACCUGACAUGGGAUUAAACGUCAGCCUGACAGAUCUGUCCUGAUCAAUGAGAAACUUCUGAGUGCCUUACAAUGGUUUAUAUAGAGCGAUUUUUUUCUGUCCUCUUCUGCCCUCCUUCUGUUCCGGCGCUUUUUCUGUCUCUGUCUGGUGAAAAAGGAAAGGUAGGAGAUGGAGGCUACAUUUUGUGUCUCACAAAGACUUGUAUUGUUGCUCUCUGUCUCUAUUUCUCACCGUAUAAAACACCUCUCUCUCUGAGUGGAAUUACAUCUCGGAAUAUAAAAGGGAGCCUCUUUUUUUCUAAACUGAUGACACCAUGCUUUCCUAUCUCACUGUCUGGUCUGGACUGAGACAGAAACGAGAGCUUGAUUGACGCCAACGGCUGCUUCUAGGAGUCAGAGUUUCAGUCAUCUCAACUGUUGGUGUGUAUGUGUGUGUGUGUGUGUGUGCGCGCGCAGGGGUGUGUGAGUGAAGAGCGUGGGUGUGUGUGCAUCAAGGAAAGAUGUCGUCAAAAACAUACUGUUUCUGUAGCCACCACCGCCAAACAGGAUUUUCGAGCACACUUGAUAUCAUCUGCAUUAAGAUGUGAAAUUGUCCUUUUUUUUUCUAAGA